UUUCUAAUGGCUUGUGGCAGUAAGCUGGUGUCUCCAAAGCUCCAAGACCGUCAGGAGCUGAAUGGGAUGCUGAUCCCAAAGGUUUUUAAAACCAAAGCCCUCUAUGUAAGGCCAUCAAGGACACUUUUAAGUGACUCAGAGGAAGACAAUGAACUUUCUCACAUCAGCUCCAGAUCAGCAUUAAGCAGGUGUACAACUACCAGAGGCAGUGAUGAUGACUGUUUUGAAGUUGGGGGUCCACAAAUCCAAGCAGGCAUGAGCACCCAAGCCACUAGCAGGGUUACUACAAGGUUUAGCAGUCAUGCUAAAGGUUACAACCCUGUCACUAGCAGCGAUGAUGAAGAUGGCACUAGCACCAACAGUAUUGCCAGGAGUUCUGGUAAAAGGCUAAGAGGAAAGCAAGUAAGUGAUGGCAGUAGCAUUUGUGAUAAAGACUACAUGGCAAGAAGUGAAGGCAACCCUGGUACAAGCAGUCAUAGCGAAGGCUUCAUGGCAAGGAGUGGUGAUGUCCCUGUCACGAGUGCUAAUGAUGAAGAUUACUCUUCAUAUUUAACUCUUGUGGCAUCGCUUUCUGGCGAGUCAUCCGGUGAUGAGGACUUAAAUCAAGCUAUAAUUGCCAGCUUGGAGAGCCACAUUGCUGAAAAGGUCCCAGUGCAAGAGAUACUGCUGGAACUGUCCAGUAAGAUUAGCACAAAACAGCAGUGCAAAUUUAAUAUAAAUCGCUCUGCUGUGUGGGAGGGAGCCUUGCGUGGUUUCCAAAGGCUAUCUUAUGAUCCCAACUUGAUGAUCCGUGUAAAAUUCUCAGAUUAUAUGGGCAAAAAUGAGGAAGGGGUUGAUUUAGGGGGGCCAAGGAGGGAAUUCUUGAGGCUGUUGACGGACACCAUUGCCAGGUCACCCAUGCUUGGGGGAAAAGAAAACUGCAAGAACUUGGCUCUUGACAGUACUGCUCUGAGAGAGGACUGGUACUACACUGCUGGCAGGGCCAUUGCAGUAAGCUUGGUACAUGGCGGUCCACCGCCAAACUUCCUGUCACCAACAGUAUUUUCUCUUCUGGUUGGCAGUUCAGCAAAUCCAGUUAUCGAAGACAUAGCUGACCCUGAACUCUUUGAAAAAGUCAAAAAGGUAUCUCAAAGUACAACCCUUGAGGACCUUGAGAAGUCAAAGGAACCUCUUUUUGACUACUUGGCUAAUGCAGGAUGCCUGAGGCCUAUGCGGUCAAUAAGAGACAAGGAUCUGCUGAUACAUAACAUUGUCAUGUUCCAGGUCAUCCACAGGGUUCAAGGUCCAUUUCACAGGUUUUGUGAAGGUCUAAAAACUCUAGGGGUUCUAGAGAAAAUCAGAAGUCAUCCAGAGAGCUUUCGCCCCCUCUUCUGCUAUGAGCAGCGUACACUGACUGCUGACCAGGUGGAUGAUCUGUUUAGCAUUCAUCUAUCUCCAGAAGGGAGCAACAAGAGAGCUGCUGAGGAGAUGGUUGUCACCUUCUGGAGAGAUUACCUCCAGGAUGCAGAAGAGGAAGAAGGACCUUCCAAAUUACAGAAGAUAUUGGCCUUUGCAACAGGAGCAACUGCGGUGCCACCUAUUGGCUUUUCUCCAGCACCAUCCAUUGAGUUUAUUCAUAAAGGAGAUGACGACUUCUCCUCUGCACCAAUUUUCCCUCUUGCCAACACAUGUGUUAACUGCAUUAGGUUGCCACUGCAUGUUUCAUAUCACUUGUUUAAGGAGAAGUUUGAUUUUGCAUUAGGUAACACUUAUGGUUUUGGCAGGGUAUGAACACAUAAUGCUGUACGAGGUUCUGUUUCUCAGCUUUUGUACUUGUCUCAGCCUCUCUUAAAAAAACAAACCAAAAAGUCCAAAAUUUGUUAGUUGUAUUUUAAAUAAUAUGCUAAUGUAUAUUGUUGCUAGAAAUAAUUUGAGUAUUAAGUUCUUAUGCUCUUCAUAUUUCCCAAAUCACCUGUAUCAGUGAAGGUAAGUUUUAAAGAGGUUUACAAUGAUUGUUCUUCAGUAUUGAUAAGAAAUGUUUUCUUAAAUUUUAGAAAAAUGCUUUUACAAAGUAAUGUAAAAAACAAUGCACAUUUUGUUAUUCACUGUAGAAAAUGUAGAAGUGAAGAAAACACAUCUAUUCCAUGGUUUCCAUCAUUUUCAAGUGGAUUAACUUGCUCAAUAAUGUUCAUUUGGGUCUCAUUAAUGUUGAUGUCAAUAUUUGGAAUUCUAACAUUAUUAUUUGUUUGAAGUUCUGGUAAUGGCCCUUCUUCAUCAAUGCCAUAAUCAUUAUCAACGUGAAAAAUGUCAUUUAUAAAUGGCUGGAUUCUGACACCGUUUGUCACACCUGUAUGCCACAGUUGAAGAGGUGUUUGUCCUCCUUGUGUAGAGAGCCCAUGGUUGUUCCACUGGCUGACAAAUUCUGUUAAAGCCCGUUCAAUCCUUGGCAAAUAAACAUAAUGCAGACAAAAAAGAUGUAGCUCAUUCAGUGAAUCCAAAAUACCAUGUUCUUCCAUAAAGUUAAAAAUAUUAAUA